CACAGCCUUGCCACCUCUAUUGCAUGCCUUUUUGUUCAUUUUCUCGUCGUUGUCGUUCUCUCCUAUUUUCCCCUCUAAAAGCCCAAAGCAGGGUGGAACGCGUACAGAUACAGAGAAGUACCAAGACAAAGAAUAGCCUCCACAACCCUUUUCUUCUUCAUGGCUGUUGAGGCUCGGCAUCUCAAUCUCUUCCCUUCUCAACUCAUAGGAAACAGGGAAAUGAUGAAUCUCAUUGAGGUAAACAGCAAUAUGUACAACUCCCAUAUGGGUUACACAGUUCCAUUAUCAGGAACCACGACGACGGAGACUCUGUUACCAGCACACAGUUCUGUGGUGAUUGAUUCGAUUCCUCCGAAAGGUGCAAUGAAAUCCGACAGCGGCCUCACCUACAACAUCCCCAUAUCAAGAAAGCGCUCAAGAGACGCGAUCAACCCUUUCUUUUCCAACCCAAAUCCUCAACCCCACAAGAAUUGCGGCUUCUUCUCGUUUCUUGGUGAAGACAUUUCCUUCCAGAUCCAACAACAGCAGUUCGACAUCGACCGCCUGGUUUCCCAGCAUAUGGAGAAGGUGAGGAUGGAGAUUGAGGAAAAGAGAAAGAGACAAGCGAGGAGGAUAAUAGAGGCAAUAGAGUUGGGGAUGAUGAAGAGGCUGAAGGCGAAAGAGGAAGAGAUAGAGAAGAUUGGUAAACUGAACUGGGCUCUGGAAGAGAGGGUCAAGUGCUUAUGCAUAGAGAAUCAGAUAUGGCGCGACCUGGCGCAGAGCAACGAGGCCACGGCCAACGCUCUCCGAACCAACCUGGAGCAGGUGCUGGCCCACGGCGCAGGAUUAGACGACGAGACGGCCGCCGCACACAUGGACGACGCCCAGUCCUGCUGCGGAAGCAGCGGCGAGAACGUGGAGGAUCAUCACACAGAGGUGGAGGGCCCGCGCACGUUAGCGAGGAUCGGAGGAGAAAGAGACUACUAUAGGAGUGAUCAAUGUGGCAACAGGUGGUGUAGAAACUGUGCGAAACAAGAGUCGUGCGUACUGCUGUUGCCCUGCAGGCACCUCUGUCUCUGUACCGCGUGUGGCUCUACGCUCCACACUUGCCCCAUCUGUAAAUCCACCAAGAACGCCAGUGUGCAUGUUAACAUGUCCUGAACCUCAAAGAACAGAUCAAAUUCUAGAAAUUUAGAUGAUCCCAUGGAUCCUUUCUUUCU